AUGACACCAGAAGACUUAAGAGUAUGUCCUUUUGAUCCAAACCACAGGAUACCAACCAAAAGGUUCCAGUACCACUUGGCAUCCUGCAGAAAGAAGCAUCCAGAGAUGACUAAAAAGAUGGCUAGCUGCAAAUACAAUGCUUGUCAUAUCAUCCCAUGUAAAAAGCUCAAAGAACAUGAGGCUACCUGUGUAGAUAGAAUUGCUAUAGAAGAUGAGCUGUUUGAUUUUCCAAAGAUUGUUUCUACACUUUCGGAACCAAAAGAUAAACUCUCUAAUGCUGCUAAUCAGAUUCCUGACCCUGAUGGCUGGAAUGUAGAUAACACACAACUAUUUCCUCCAUUUGUUCUUAAGGCUUUUGCUCCUAAAAUGCUGGUUUGUGAAAGAUACCUCAAAGUCUAA